ACUUUGUCGAAGUAGUGUCGCUUACAAGCGACAUUUUUGCAGUAAGCAUCAAAGAAAAAGCGGUUACUGAUUACUGCCUUUCUGGUUUACAAAUUAAGGAGUAAAAAAGAUAUCAGGCAGCUUAUCAAAGACAUCAGGCAGCAACAAUCUGAUAUAAAAACAACAAGAGAUUAAGCAUUGGUGACUAAGACUGCAUAUCUUUUAAAGAUCCAAACCAAACAACAACAGUUUUUUCAUCUGUAUUCUCACGUUUAAACAAAUGUUACAAAACGUCUAUCCUUUCUAUGUCAAUGGAUUACUUAUUUUUACCAUCUUCAACAAAAUAUAUCCAGCUCUCAGUGUUGAUGAUUUUAACGAAACGUGUAAUUCGACUCGGAUUAAUGAAAUAAAUUGCAGCAGGAAUUCGUACCACCAAAACAAUGUGAAAUUGCAGAACACUUACUCUAGUGCACAGUUAACAACAACUGUCGCAGUGUCCACAAUUGGUGUCUUUACAAAUGGUAUACUGAUUGUUGUCAUUCUGGUCGAUCCUCUUCACAAACUAAAGCGAGGACCGUGGAUUACCAUUUUUAGUUUAUCCAUGGCUGAUUUGACAGCAUCUUUUUCCCAAGUUACUCGGGGAGUCUUCAUUUUCUUCAAAAUGCAUUCGUCAAAGAUAUUUAUAUUUACCCACUCUUUCCUCUGGACUUUGGCUUGCACAGGCUCACUUUUUCACUUGGUUUCACUCACAAUCCAAACUUACAUAAUUGCCAAGUAUCCAAUACGCUGCUUACAAAUGCUGUCUCUGAAAAAAACUUACAUAAUAUGCGCAACAGCUUGGUUAGUUUCUCUUUGCUUCGCCAUCAGUUAUCUCGUAACAGGACCUACAGAGUUGAAGAAUGGGCAGUUUCCAUUCAUCUUGAUCGUUGCAGUUUCUCUCUUAGUAAUCGUUGUUGUCUUCCAGGUUAUGCUAAAGUGUCUUAUUAUUAAAGAAGUAAUGCAAAGUCGACGAAAAACACUAGAGAAUGGUAACCAGCACAACAACAACCAUCUUGAAAUUGCAAAGACAAUCUUCAUUCUAAAUAUUUUCGCACUCGUAACCAUAUUUCCCUAUUUUCUCACCCUUCAACUGCUACUUGUUUUUAUGCGUAGGAAAAUAGACGUUGAAUUGUUGGAAAGUUUUCAUUUCUACUAUUUACCGGUGGCCAUGCUAAACUUUGCAGUCAAUCCAAUUGUGUAUGCUUUAAGGCUUGUGGAUUAUCGAAGCAGUCUAAAAGGCGUAUUUAAAAAGAAGCGCUUUGUUUCUCCUGUACAUUCAAAACCACAAAGUCUUGUUGCUACAAACCGUUGUUAAAAACUCACCUUGUUAGUAAGGUGCUUUAAUCACAAGUAUAUGCCACAAAUUGAUCGUUUCAUUUGCAUUACAAAAUGCACAUUGUUUUAUUUGUGAUAAACAGAAUUUUGAAAAUAUGGCACUAUCACAUUGACUGCUAGAUCGACAAAUUAAUCAUUAAUGAACGUCUAAUACACAGUGGCAUCUCGCAAUGGAUAAAUUCGUCGAAAGAGAAUUAGAGAUAAACGUUUAUAUAACAUUUGAGUAAUGAAAUCUCGAGGCCACAGUAAAAUAUUCUUUCGAAAAGGAAAAAAAGUAAUCGUAUAUAGUUGAAUAUUUUUUCAGUUUUAAAUUGGUAUUACUUGUGAAAUGUUUGCGACAAUUUUCCCAGCACAGAUAAAUGAGCAUUGAGUUAACGAUUAUAAUAUAUUAUGUAUCAGUUUCAUUGAAACAAAGCAGAUUGAACUUAUGACAUCGUGUGUUAAAGAUUCACUGUCUAUUUUGCAUGCUCCUCAAUUCUUCCAUAAAAGUUGUCAACUGUCUGUGUUAAUCUAGGUUCGAAUUAUAUAUUGAGGUUUUUGAUUGUCGUCUCUAAGAAAAUGACGACUUGUUCAUGUCGCCUCCUAUAUUUCUGUCUA